UAACAAGCUUUCUUUGCUUCUCCCCACGGUUUUACAAUAUCACAGUUGCACUCAUACACAAACCAGUUUCACACAGUAAAGACUGAUUUCUCAGUCAGUUUACAAGGUGUGACAGUCAGAGGGUAAAUCUGAUCAGACUUUCAAGAGGAAAUUUCACUCCCCUCCCCUGACGUUUUUGUUUAUUACACUCCUCUCCCCUUCGAAGUUUAAAAUUACAUAACGUUCCCUUUGAUGUUGUAGAUUCUAUCAAUCGUACCCACGCCAUGAGCUACCCACCGUUAAGUGAUGUCACAAGAUGUAAAAUUGAAUUUUAAAUCCCAAAAUACCCUUACCUUAACGUGAACAUAUCCCCCCCUCUCUCUCUCUCUAUGGUAUAAGCCCUGUUAAGGAAUUACCAUAAAAUCCAGACUCACUAGAUUUGUUAAGUUUGAAAGAGACUCUGGAAUGGGACCUGAAAGCUUAUUUGAUUAUAUUAGUAGUCUAUUGAGAUUUUGAAGCAUCCCCAUGCUUACAGGAAUUGAUCCAGAUAAGAGAUUCUCAUGCAAGUUUAUCUCUUCAAGUCUGGACAGCUUACUGAUGCUUUCUGGGACUGGGCCAGUUAGAUUGUCGGUGCAGAGAUAGAGUUUUCCGAGCCUUUGAAGAUGAAAACCGAUCGAUGAUAGGAUGGUUCUAGCAAGACUGAUGAGUCCACCGAGGUCGAGGACUUCAAGAGAGAUGAGAAGUGUUAUGGAAGGAGAUAACCAGCCUUCCAUUUGGGUUUGAGCAAUGAAAUCACUGGUGGAUAAGAAGCCGGGGAGUCGGAUUUCUGCCACCCUUCCAGUCCUGUCGUUGCAUUACACCCCAUCCCAUUUGCAACAGUGUUGGCCAACCCACUUAUCUAGUCGAAUGGAAGUAUCGACGUGAAUUGCAGCCUUGAAACUAGUUGAGGCUAUUAGAUCUUUGAGUUGCACUCCUUACCUAAUAUCCUCUUGCACUCUAUGGUGGGAAUGAAGAUUAUGAUGACAAGAAUCCAGAGCUUGCUGCCCAUAAUUGUCUGCUAAGUGGUUCUUCCUUAGGGAAGCUGUUAUUUGUUGCUUGGUUUUCAUUGACCAACCAUGCCUUAGCUACAGAUUUUUCCAUGUCAUGAAUCCUAGCAACAGAAGAAUCUACUGCCAAAAUUUCUUUGCACAACCGAGAAACAUACGGUUUUUUAUGUAUAGCCAAAAUCUCCACCAUUCCUCGGGGAGUCAUUUCCAUCAUUUUGGUCACUCUGUCAAAAUUGUAAGUGGGGAAAACUAUUCAAUUCUUCAAUCUAGUUCCCUGCAGCACUGGUUUAAAAAUUGGCAGGAACUAAGAAAGCAUAAACUUACUGCAAGCACUUUUGGCGGAGCUGUUGGGUUUUGGCCAGGCCGAAGAGUCCAGCUCUGGAAAGAAAAGCUUGGGGCAAUUAAGCCUUUCACUGGGAACCUUGCUACAUGUUGGAACAAUAUAAAGGAAGAGGAAGCACUUGAAACUUAUAAGCUUAUAACAGGAAACAAUGUCUCAUUUCUUCAAUUUCAGAUCCAUAAUAAGAAGAAUACUGAAGAUGAAUGGCUCGCAGCUUCCCCUGAUGGGGUGGUCUACCAGGUUGUUUGUGGUUUACCUUCCAAAGGGGUGCUGGAGAUUAAGUGCCCAUUUUUUGGUGGUGACAUGCAGAAGGCUUUCCCAUGGAAACGAAUCCCUCUUUACUGCAUUCCACAAGCUCAGGGAUUAAUGGAGAUAUUGGACCGGGACUGGAUGGAUUUCUAUGUCUGGACUCCUAACGGAAGUAGUUUAUUCAGAUUAGAAAGAGAUGUAGGGUAUUGGAACCUUCUGAAGGAGGCUUUAUCUGAUUUUUGGUGGGAGCAUGUCCAACCUGCAAGGGAGCUCUGCAGUAAGUCUCAGAUCGCAGAUCCUCUUAUUCAGUUGAGAUCACUCGUGCCAACACAAAGGCAUAGGCUGUGUCCUGCCAUUGUUUAUGCUAGCAAAUACCUUGUGGAUGAUUCCAAGUUAUUAAUGCGAGAAAUUCAUGGAAAACUUAUAAACUGAGGUAUCAUUGAAUUUUCAUGUGUUGAAAGUUGAAACAUAAUUGAGUUGUGAUUUCUAGA